AUGAAUAUCAUCAAGUUGCAGAGGAAAUAUCCUCAAUUCCAACAGGAUGAGAUCUUCGGUCUUCAAGAUGCCUUCCGUAAGCUCGACGUCGACGAUAAGGGAUACCUUGAUGAGGCUACUGCUAUUAAAGCUACCCAAGGGAGUGAAAGACAGCCAUACGAUGUUGUAAGGCAAGCUCUGAAGGAGGUCGAGCUUGACUCCUCCCGAAGAGUCGAGCUAGAAGAUUACGUAGGGCUCAUCUCGAAGCUACGAGUCUCAUCACCGGCACAGCAGCGCAUGUCAACUGGUCCACAGAAUCCUGCCCGAGGAGGAAUAGUAUCUCAACAAACCGGAGGAGCGGGAAGCGGACAUGCCUCAAAGGGAAGCGUCAGUGGCCGUAUUCAAGUCCAAGGCUCUUCAUCGAAUGUCACCCAUACCAUCAACGAAGAUGAGCGAACAGAAUUCACCCGUCAUAUCAACGCAGUUUUGGCAGGCGAUGCAGAUAUUGGCUCUCGUUUACCAUUUCCAACAGAUACCUUCGAGAUGUUUGACGAGUGUAAGGAUGGUCUCGUAUUAGCCAAAUUGAUCAACGACAGUGUACCGGAUACUAUCGAUGAGCGUGUGCUAAAUCGUCCCGGAAGAAAGAUUAAAACCCUCAACGCAUUCCAUAUGACUGAGAACAAUAACAUUGUUAUUGAAUCUGCGAAGGGUAUUGGUUGCUCGGUGGUCAACAUUGGCAGUGGGGACAUCAUAGAAGUCCGGGAACAUCUGAUUUUGGGUCUGAUUUGGCAGGUUAUCCGAAGAGGUCUGUUGAAUAAGAUUGAUAUCAAGCUUCACCCAGAGUUGUACAGACUUUUAGAAGACGAUGAGACACUGGAACAAUUCUUGAGAUUACCUCCUGAGAAAAUUUUGCUCAGAUGGGUCAAUUAUCAUUUGAAAGCUGCGAACUGGCCACGAAGAGUUACGAACUUUUCUAGCGAUGUGAAAGAUGCUGAAAAUUACACUGUUCUCCUAUCUCAGAUUGCGCCGGAGUGUUGCGAUCGAGGACCAUUACAAACACGCGAUCUUCCGCAAAGAGCAGAGCAAGUUUUACAGAACGCCGAUAAGCUUGGCUGCAGAAAGUUUCUUACACCUACCUCUCUUGUUGCCGGAAACCCUAAAUUGAACUUGGCUUUCGUUGCCAACCUCUUUAAUACCCGCCCAGCACUAGAACCUAUCACCGAGGAAGAGAAAGCCCAAGUUGAUGAUUUCGAUGCAGAGGGUGAAAGAGAAGCAAGAGUCUUCACCCUCUGGUUGAACAGUCUUGACGUGCAACCCGGUGUGAAUUCGUUAUACGAAGAUCUCAAGGAUGGUACUAUCAUUCUACAAGCAUACGACAAGGUUAUCAAGGGUUCCGUCAACUGGCGCCAUGUAAACAAGGUACCUGCUAGUGGAGAAAUGUCGAGAUUCAAGGCUUUAGAAAACACAAACUACGCUAUCGAACUUGGGAAACAAAAUCGUUUCUCAUUAGUCGGCGUUCAAGGAGCAGAUAUUAAUGAUGGUCAACGAACCCUUACUCUUGGUCUCGUUUGGCAACUGAUGCGCAGAGAUAUCUCCGAGACACUCACAGCCCUCGCUCAACGUCUCGGCAAGCGUGAAAUUUCGGAUGCGGAAAUGAUCAAGUGGGCCAACAACAUGUCACAGAAGGGCGGCAAGAGUUCUGCUAUCCGCUCCUUCAAGGAUCAAUCGAUUGGAAGCGGUGUCUUCCUUCUCGAUGUUUUGAACGGAAUGAAGAGCAGUUACGUCGAUUACGAUCUCGUGACACCAGGAAGAAGCGAAGAUGAUGCAUACUUGAAUGCUAAAUUGAGUAUCAGUAUUGCGAGAAAGAUGGGUGCGACUAUUUGGUUGGUACCGGAGGAUAUUUGCCAAGUUAGAAGUCGCUUGGUAGUUACUUUUAUUGGAUCCCUGAUGGCUACAUACGAGAAGAUGCAGUAA